AUGUGGAGACCACGGUUACUUCAAAAUGUUAGGAAAAGUCGGUAUUUGCUAAAUAUUCCACCGUCCACGUCGUUAAUUUACCCAGCUCGAAAUAUGUUUAUCCAAGUGCAAGAGACUCCUAACCCAGAAUCUGUAAAAUUUAUUCCGGGUAAAACGAUUAUGGGGAAAGGUAAAGGGACGCUUAGUUUCACUAACUUCUUGUCUGCAAAAAGGAGUCCUUUGGCCAUGGAACUCAUGCGAAUUAAUGGUGUAAAAAGCGUUUUCUUUGGCGAAGAUUAUGUUACAAUUACGAGACAAAAGGAAGUUGAUGAUUGGGCACUGUUAAAACCUGAAAUUUUUGCAGUACUUAUGGAUUAUCUACAAUCAGAGAAACCAAUCGUAAAUGAAGGUGAAGUGCCAGAAAAUCCCGAGGAUACUGAAAUACAUCCGGAGGAUAGUGAUACAGUAGCAAUGAUCAAGGAAUUGUUAGAAUACCGUAUAAAACCAAUGGUGCAAGAAGAUGGCGGUGACGUGAUAUAUAAAGGUUUUCGCGAUGGUGUAGUGCAUCUUAAAAUGCAGGGAUCAUGUACGGGAUGCCCAAGUUCAUCGGUGACACUUCAGUCUGGUAUCAAAAACAUGCUACAAUUUUAUGUGCCUGAAGUAAGAGAUGUUGUGGAGGUUAAAGACGAGAUAGAUAAUAUUUCGGAUUCGGCUUUCGACGAUCUGAUGGGCAAAAUUAGGGUAAGACCGAACCGAAACGAGCAGAGUAAAGAGUGA